AAGGAGACCAAUGGGAUAAGGCAGUGCCAUGACCCCGGAGGUUGGGCAAGAUGGCGCUGGUGGCAGCAAGGGGAACGCUGCUGCGCGCGGGGGUCCGGCUUGGCACAGAGGCUGCGGCCUGUGGCAGGAAUGGCACGCGGCGCUCCGCGAGCCACCGGGUGCUGGUGGAACCGGAUGCGGCUGCAGGUAUUGCUACAAUAAAAUUCAAGAACCCUCCAGUGAAUAGCCUUACCCUGGAGUUUCUGACAGAACUCAUCAUCUGCUUGGAGAAGCUAGAAAAUGACAAGACCUUCCGAGGUGUCAUCUUAACUUCGAACUCUCCUGGCAUCUUCUCAGCUGGCCUGGACUUGAGGGAGAUGUGCGGGAAGAACCCAGCACACUACGCUGAAUACUGGAGGGCUGUACAGGAGUUAUGGCUGAAGCUCUAUGUGUCCAACAUGAUCCUGGUUGCUGCCAUCAAUGGAGCUUCCCCUGCCGGAGGCUGCUUGAUGUCCCUCAGUUGUGACUACCGGGUCCUGGCUGACAACCCAAGGUACAAAGUAGGACUGAAUGAGACUCUGCUGGGCAUUGUCGCCCCCUUCUGGUUCAGAGACACUCUUGUGAACACCAUUGGGCACCGGGCCUCGGAACGUGCCUUGCAGCUGGGCCUUCUCUUCCCACCAGCAGAGGCCCUUCAGGUGGGCAUGGUGGACCAGGUGGUUCCGGAGGACCAGGUACACAGCACAGCACUCUCAGUGAUAACCCAGUGGCUGGCCAUUCCAGACCAUGCUCGGCAGCUGACCAAGAGCAUGAUGCGGAAGGCCACAACAGACAACCUGAUCAAACAGCGGGAAGCAGACAUCCAGAACUUUGUCAGCUUCAUUUCCAGAGACUCCAUACAGAAGUCCCUGCAGAUGUACAUAGAAAAGCUCAAACAAAAGAAAUCCUAAAGCAAAGCUACCUGCCUUGUAGGUUUUGCUGUGGUCCAAAGGGGAUUGUAAACAAGGUAAUUUUCAACUCACUCAGCUGUUUUCUGAUCUUAAGGAGUGCCAUCUCUUGUGUCCCAGUAUCCCAAGGCCCCACUGUAACCCCAAGUGCCUCUGUGCCUUGUGGGAAGGCAAGAGGGUUGAAGAGCAGUACCUAAAUUUUUGGAUUUAAUGGCUGGUGGGUCCUUGUGGGCCCAAACAAAAUCAGUCUCCUUUCCCAAAGCAGAAUUAUGAAUA